AAAGAAAGAAAGUGUGUAAAGUGGCAAACACACCUCGAGUCCAUCGCCUUCAUCUGUACUCAACAUCAGUAUCAGCGCUGCGCCUCUGCUCUCUCCAAAUGUUGAGAUCUGUACGAUAAGCCCCCUCAAAACCCUCCGACUCCGAUCUGCACUCACUUAGUUCCUUAUACUUACACAUAUACACACAAUUUUAUCUACCGCACAGCACAGUUGAGAAUGGGGGCGUACAGAGCAGACGACGAUUACGAUUACUUGUUCAAAGUAGUGCUCAUCGGAGACUCCGGCGUCGGCAAAUCCAACCUUCUCUCGAGAUUCACGCGCAAUGAGUUCAGUCUCGAGUCCAAGUCUACUAUUGGCGUUGAGUUCGCUACUCGGAGUAUUCAUGUUGAUGAUAAAGUUGUUAAAGCUCAGAUUUGGGACACUGCUGGCCAAGAGAGGUACCGUGCAAUUACAAGUGCAUACUACCGAGGAGCUGUUGGUGCGCUGCUGGUAUAUGAUGUUACUCGACAUGUUACAUUUGAGAAUGUAGAGAGGUGGCUUAAAGAACUCCGGGAUCAUACAGAUUCCAACAUUGUGAUCAUGCUUGUGGGGAACAAGGCGGAUCUGCGACAUUUGCGAGCGGUCUCCACUGAGGAUGCCAAGGCGUUUGCGGAGAAGGAGCGCACCUUCUUCAUGGAAACCUCUGCCCUGGAGUCCAUGAAUGUUGAGGAUGCUUUUACAGAAGUGCUUACACAGAUACAUCAAGUUGUUAGCAGAAAAGCUCUUGAAAUAGGAGAGGAUCCCACCGCUUUGCCUAAGGGACAGACAAUUAAUGUUGGUGGCAAGGAUGAUGUAUCAGCAGUUAAAAAAUCUGGAUGCUGCUCAUCCUAGAUUUGAUAAUGUGUGCAUUGCGUUUCUAAUCUUCAGUGACAUCCUAUAUAUGUGCGGUUGAGCUUUUCUGUAUGAAUCAUGGUUUUAGGUUUAAUACAUGGAGGUUCCAGUCAACAAAGUUAGAGUUUGUGGCAUAUGAAAUUAAAAUUCUUGGAGUUUACUGUCAUUCAAGUCUGUAAGUGAAGAAGUUCAAGUAUUGGUCAUUUUUUCACCUA